CAAUAAUUAAAUGAAAAUAAAAAAUUGAAAUAGCAUAUCAUUACCAUAUAUACCUAGCCAUAAGUGAGCAUCCUUCAAUUUGUUUGAAUAGUCAUCCAUCCUUUUUCCAUGUAUUAUUAUUCUUCAAAUCAAUAUUGAUACCAUUCUAUGUUUCUUAUUUUGACUUCAUCUCAAGCUUUGAAUAGUCUCUUUCCUUAGACACCAUAUAUAUAACCCCAAACUUCAUCACCAACCCACACCUUUCAAAUCUUCUUUUCCUAAACCUUUAUAUCAAAUUUCAAUCACCUCCAUCCUCUCAUCUAAACUCAAGCUUAAACCUUUCAAAAGUCAAUUAAACCGAAAAUCUUAAAUUUUAAAAGUCAACCCAAAACGAGAAUCUUCAAUUAGUCUAGUGAUAGUGGCCGGUGGGCUUUCUCCUUAACCUUUAUUAUAACAUAAUUUUGAUUUCCACCCCCUUUUUACCUUACAAAUAAGGAUUAUCUAACCUGCUCCGAAUAAUGGAUCGUGAUCAUCAUGAUCAUGAAGAAGAAAUCAAUGUUCCAUCAUAUUUCUUAUGUCCAAUCUCAUUACAAAUCAUGAAGGAUCCAAUAACUAUCUCAACAGGAAUCACAUACGAUCGUGAGAGUAUAGAAACAUGGAUUUUCACCAACAAUAAUCCAAUUUGCCCAGUAACCAAACAUCCCCUUAACGUAGAUACCAACAAUAUCGACGCUUUUCUCACACCUAACCAUACACUUCGACGCCUUAUUCAAUCAUGGUGUACUCUCAACGCUUCUUACGGCAUCGAACGAUUUCCUACCCUGAAACCACCCAUAACCAAAGCGCAGAUUUCAAAACUCAUCAAAGAAGCGUCAAAAUCGUCCACACAGCGACGCUUUCAAAUUCUCGACACAAUUAAAUCAAUAUCUUCUGAAAGCAGCGCUAACAAACGUUGUUUAGAGACUACUCCUGGUGUAGCCGAGUUCCUUGGUGAUCUCGUCUUGAAAAAUAUUAGCGAAGAUGCGUUACGCAUACUCGUACAUCUUCAGAUUUCUGACGAAAUGAUACUAAGAAAUCUACUGAAACAGAACGAAGGAGAAUUGAUUAAUUCGCUAGUGAAAAUAAUUGAAAAGAGAAAUUACGAUUCGAGAGCUUAUGCUAUAGAAUUGAUGAAACAAUUAUUAGAAGUAGCUGAUCCAAAACAGGUAGUUUCACUUACACGCGAACAAUUUGCAGUGGUUAUUCGAUUGAUUAGAGAUGAAAUCUCUCCUAAAACAACAAAAACAGCACUAAAAGUACUGGAUUUGGCUUGUUCUUGGGGGAGGAACAGAAUUAGGGUUACAGAAGCAGGUGCAAUUCCAGUAAUGGUGGAUGUACUCAUGGAGUCUAAGGAUAAGCGGACGAUGGAGAUGGUACUGGCUGUACUGGAUUCUUUGAGUGGGUGUGCCGAGGGGAGAGCCGAGUUGUUGGCUCAUGGUGCUGGUUUAGCUGUUGUGUCUAAAAAGAUACUUAGGGUUUCACAUUUUGCGACCGAGAAAGGGGUGAAAAUUUUGUUUGCGAUCUGUAAAUUUUGCGGAAUUCCGAGUGUUGUGCAAGAGAUGUUGCAACUUGGGGUCGUCGCAAAAUUGUGUUUGGUAUUACAAGUUGAUUGUGAGGCUAAGACUAAGGGGAUGGUUAAGGAGAUUUUGAAGUUGCAUUCUCAGGCUUGGAUCAACUCUCCUUGUUUCUUAACUUGGUCGAAUAAUAAUAUUCAUGGAUUGAAUUAUUUAUUAAAAAGUCAUAAAUGAUUGAUUUUCAAUUUUUUUUUCUUUUUAUUUAUUUAUUUAUUUAUUUUUUUUGUGGGGAAUUCUCUUCUUUGCCCGUAAAAAAAAUAGCUAGCCAAAUAGAAUGAACUUUUAGACGCUUCUUUAAAAUGAGGCUAUUUCAUUUAUUAUAUUUGGUGUACAUAACAAGAUUUUUGAGUAUUUAUUUAACUAUUGAUAAACAAUUAUAUUUCUCCCA